AUGACUACUGGAAGCACUGGAAACACAUUGGAUCAAUACAUCGACAUAUCACAUAUUCCUUUACUACUGGCAUAUCCCACAUGUUUAUUAGCUUCUACUCUAAUAUAUCAAUCAUCAGAUCAAUUGAACAUUGGUGAAUUAUUACUCAAAUCAAUAUGGAUCCCCGGUGUGAUAAGUUCAUUGCUGAUAGUGGUGUAUUACUAUAUGGGGAAUCAAGCACAACAGCGAAGAACAUCAGUAUCAUCAACAUUAAGUUCAUCAACUAGUACUGGGUUAAAGGACAUUAUAUCAUCAAAUGAACAAUUUUUAGCUAUUUUUGGAUUAUUGAUUGUUAAUUCUCAACUGGGUUCAUUAAGAACUGUGGUAUUGGCAUUAGUUCUCAUAAUAAGUUCAAAUAUUUGGUUUAGUGGUGCUUGUUUGAUUUAUGAUUUAUGGGUAUUAUAUUCAAGUACUAAUGAACUAUACCUUAUACCAAAAUCAUUAGAUCAAUCAAAUUUAUAUUUUAUAAUAUUAAGUUAUCUUAUACUUUAUCAAAUUCAUCCACAAUUAAGAUCAAUUAAUUCAUCAAACAAUAUUUCACAAGAUUUAAAAUUACCAAUCAUUAUAUUUAUAAUUUCUUUAAUUGGAUUAGUAUUAAAUUUGGAGAAAAUUCAAUCAAGUAUGAUUUUAGUUUCAUUAGGUUGUGGGAUUAUAAUAAAUAUAACGAAAUUAGAUUUGCAACAAAUUAAAUUUUCAAAAGGUUCACCAACAAUAACAGGUUUAAUAUCAUUAAUACUGGUUGGAUUAUCAUUUAAUAACCUUUUCAAUUUAGAAAAUAAGCUUAAAAUUUUAGGAGAAUUGAUUAUAAUUUUCCUAUCUGGUAUUAUAAAUGUUAAUGAAUCUUUUUUUGAACCCCAAUCAACUAAUUCACAUUCACACACCCAUACAUCAAUUGAACAAGAAGAUUCAAUAAUUCAUGAAUUAUUAAAACAUAAAGAUACAAGAGCAAUUUUUUCAUUCUUAUUAUUAAAUACAUCAUUCAUGUUUAUACAAUUUCUUUAUUCAUUUAGAUCAAAAUCUCUUGGAUUAUUAUCAGAUUCUUUACAUAUGGCAUUAGAUUGUACUUCAUUAGCCCUGGGGCUUGUUGCCGGGAUAUUAGCUAAAAAACCACCAAAUGAAAUAUAUCCAUUCGGUUUAGCUCGUAUUGAAACUCUUGCAGGUUUUGCCAAUGGUGUUUUAUUAAUUGGUAUAGUAGCUGGUAUAGUUAUUGAAGGUAUUGAAAGAUUAUUAAACCCUGUUACUUUAGAAAAAACUGGUGAAUUAUUAAUUGUUUCAUUCUUGGGGCUUGUUGUUAAUAUCGUGGGGAUUUUUGCUUUUAAUCAUGGUCAUGGUGAUCAUGGAGGUCAUAGUCAUGGACAUAGUCAUUCUCAUGGACAUUCUCAUUCUCAUGGUUCUGGUUCUGAUGAUGAUGAUGAUCUAAAAGAUAAUGAUAAUAUGAGAGGGAUUUUCUUACAUAUUUUAGCUGAUACUUUAGGUUCUGCAGGUGUUGUUAUAUCAACAAUUUUAACAUCAAUAUUCCAUUCACAAAUAUUUGACCCAUUGGCUUCAUUAUUUAUUGCAAUUAUGAUUUUUUUCAGUGCAAUUCCAUUAAUUAAAUCAAGUGCAUCAAAUUUAUUAUUAAGUUUAGAUGAUAAAAAAGAUGAAAUGAUGAAAGAUAUAUUAAGUCAAGUUUCUACAACACCAGGUGUUGCUGGAUAUACAACUCCAAGAUUUUGGCCAAGUGUGGAAAUUGUAAAUAAUGAUGUUGAUAAUCAUGGACAUUCACAUUCAAUUGAAUUAAAUGAAAAAAAUCAUCAACAUGAACAUGAUCAUAGUCAUAGUCAUAAUGAACAUAAUCAUAGUCAUGAUACUCAUAGUCAUAGUCAUGAUCAUCAGGAUGAACAUAAACAAGAAGUUAAAAAAUUCAAUCUAUUAGGUUAUAUUCAUAUUCAAUAUAUAGAGGGAGAAAAUUCAACAAUUAUAAAGAAACGAGUACAAAGAAUCUUUGAACAAAAUGGGAUAAAAUGUUGGAUCCAAGUUGAAAAUGAAGAUUCAAAUUGUUGGUGUAGAAGUAAUAAAUAG